GCUUCUUUCUCAAUCGAUUAGGACUUCUUGUUGUAAAGACUCGACUAAAGGCAUUAAUCAAUAACUUAUUCAAGGCAUCUCUAGUUGUUUUCUUUCUUCGGUCAACACUGGUCAACACUUAGAGCACUCAGUUGUUGAGCUGAACCGAUUUAAUAUUUUUGGAAUUGUUCCAAAAUUAUAAAAACCGCGUUUGUUUGUGUGCAUACUGCAGUUCAUAUCCUUGUUUAUUCUUGAUUUUCUUUGUCUUAACGAGUGCGCUUGCGUUGUUUUCAUAAAAUUCCGAUGUGAGUGCAUUGACAAGUGAUAUUCUUUUAAAUAGGGUAUUUUGUAAAAAUGGGUUCUCUAAAUCCCGAAAAUACAUCAAAACAGGAUCUGGACGAUAGCGGAUGCGUUCAGGAUGCGUCGGUGACCGAGAACAGCUACAAGGGCCUGGUGCAACUCCUGGACCUGUCUGAUGAUGUCCUGCUCUACAUCCUCAAGUACUGCUCGCCGAUGGACCUCAAGGCUUUGGGAUACACCUGCCCCCGUCUCGGCGCGCUAAUAUGCGAUCGUACUCUCUGGACGCGAGUGGACGCGAGGACGGUUCCCGUCGGGCAGAUGCGGCUCCACUGGUUCCUGAAGCACUGCCUCUCUGCCGCCACUACUGAACUGCUGCUCACUGGAUACGCUAAUAGACAUAGCAGAUGUCUGGGCAUACAGGACUUGCAUUCGCCCGUAGAGGCAGAAUCCGGGGCGGUUCGCGGAACAUAUAUAGAGCAUUUUCUACUUCGAAUGUGGUACCCGCAUCUACCACGGAGAGAUAUUAUUUUGGCUAAUCUCGCCGAGCAAAGCUACAGGCGAUACCAAGCUUUCGCAGUAACACCCCGCUGGCCGGAUAAAGAGGAAGCCGAAAUCAAAGCUCCUCAAAAAGCAUCGGAAGCCACGACUUCCAAUUCUGGGGAGUCGUCAACUUCUAACUCGGGCAAUGCGAGCAAUUCCGGCAAUCCAAGCAGCUCGAGUAAUCCAAGCAACUCGAGUAAUCCGAGCAACUCGAGUAACCCGAGCAAUUCGAAUAACCCGAGCAAUUCGAGUAAUCCGAGCAAUUCGAGUAAUUCGAGCAAUUCGGGACCAAAGAAAGAUGCGCAGGGUUUUCCGGUUUUCGAUGAUGAUCGAGGUAAUUGCAAAGGCCCGCAGUUUACUCUGACGGCUGCUCUGUUGCGGGAUCUGAGGAGAAAAUGUCCCCACCUCACUUCGCUCGCUUUGGAGUAUUUUAAUAUUGAUUGCAAGAUGACGACUAUUCGCCAGUUGCCUCGGAAUCUUACGAAGCUAUCUCUUCGCGGCACCAGAUGUUACAAUCUGCCGCUCAACACGUCUUUCUUGGGCAAGGUGCAGGAUCACCUGCCACAUUUGCAGUACCUAGACGUAUCAGAGUGCGAAUGGUUUGAACCAGCCUCUUUGAUGCCACUCAGCAAGUUGCCGGCCCUAGAACAACUGUACAUGCGCGACUGUAAGCGGCUGACGGAAUGCGUGGCUUAUGCUUCGCUCGCCACUAGAUACGGCUUCCGGCACCUGAGGAUCAUAGACGUCCGCGGUUCUCCCCUCGCGGACUCGGAGAUAUCGGCGCUGGGCUGGUUGCCUGUCCUCGAGGAGUUGUACUGCGCGCCGCCCGACGACAAGCACGCCACGCCCGAACACACGCACUCGUGGAGCGACACCACUGCACCGCACCACGACCUCGACACCUGGGAGAUUGAGGCACCGGACUACUACAGAGUGAAGACACCGGAACCGGAAGCGACGGACGAGGAUGACGAACAGAAUUACGAACCGGAACCGCUCGACCCGCCGCCGGAGCGCCCCGGAGACAUACUCAUGGGGAACCCGUGGUGGUCGCAUGAGAGACGUAUCAUCGUCAUCCAGCCCAAUCGUCAGGCGGAAGACAAUCGUCAGAACGCGGACGUUGCACCCGAGCGGGCCCCCAUACCCGCUCAGAUUGCACCCGUCAUUCAACAGGUGCCCGUCGCCCAGCGCGUCGGCCAGGCCGCUCAGAGAGCCGUUGCUCAAGGGGCCCCUCGUCCUCUUCCUCAACCUAUUCCUCAAGAGGGCUUAGCUGCACAAGGCCCCGCUCCAUUCGUACUCGGAGAUGUACAUAUUGUACCCAUACCGCGCCCAGUGCCGCCUGUCGAGCCCGCAGCGCAGUUUCACGCACAUCGCGUCGAUCCGGAAUUAGCGCGAGCGUUCGAUGCCACGCUUGAUGAGUAUGGAGCCAUGGCUGUAGAACAGGGGCUUAUUCGACCGGGCCCCGCGAACCCACAGCCGGGCCCCGCGAACCCACAGCCGGGCCCCGCAAACCCGCAACCAGGCCCCGCGAACGCACAAGGGGGUGCCGAACAGCCAGGCCCCGCGAACCCGCAAGCGGGUGCGGAAGAAGCAGGCCCCUCCAAACGCCGCGCCAACCCCGAAGACCCCCUCGAUUUGGCUAAAAGGCGCCGUCUAGACGACGACGACGAUGAUGAUGACGAAGAAAUGCCGGCGCAACGCGUACAAUGCGUCAUAAGCGCUGAACAAUGCCCCCGUUUGAGGGACAGGGGGAUGGUCACCGAUCCCCCGAUCAUCCCUGUCUUAGGAAACAGGGCCCGCGUGCAAAUUCGUCACAACAAUCCUUUUAUGCACGUUGAUUUGGAGACUCAGCGGCAAUCAACGAUUCAUAUAGGCAACCACAUUGGGUACCACCUCAUCAGUGAUUCAGCCAUCCUCCGGUUCGGCCGCGCAGAGAAUGAUAAUAUCAACUACGUGCAUAUAGGCCGGAAUGGCAUCCACGAUGGAGUUGAACCGGGUAUGCGCCCCGACCGGUCCAAUUUGAGGAUUCUAUCUGUGACCGGGUACAGAAGUGUGACGGACCGCAGUUUGCAGCAUCUGGCUACGGCAGCCCCGAACUUGGUCUCUGUAGAUUUUACAGACACGAGUGUCAGUUCUGAGGGCGUGGCGGUAUUUAAGGCUCACCGACCAAAUUGCGAAGUUAUUUUUAACGAGUGGGGUAGGAUAUAUAAAUAGGAGUACAGUCGCUGGUUCUGCUACAUGCGUGAUAUACCGUAUUAUAUCGAAAGAAAAAGAAUUAGUGAUUAUAUAUAGGUUUUCGUGGUUCGUGAUUUCUUUUUUUGGGUUGUUAUGGAUCUCUAUGGUUUAUAUCGAAUAUACAUUAUUCGGUUGUUUAAAUAGUGUGAAAUUCGACCGAAUAUAAUAUAUUAAAAUUAUUUUAUAACUCGAAUUAUAAAAAGUUCUGAUUACGUUUUGUAAUACCGAACACAAUUUGUAUGUUCAUUUAAUUUAAGUUAGUGGAAAUACCGGUAUUUUUUUAUAAACAUACCGGUUUUUCCAACCUCUUUUUUUCUCUGGAUAUAAUACAUGUCUAGGAUAUGAAAGUAGUAGACCAGCGCCUGUUACUACAACUUCCUGCAAUCGGGAACAUUUGUGUAAUGAUGAUAACUAUGAUAAGCGGUACAGAACUGCGAAGUUUCAAAUACUAUUCAGCAGUUUUGCGUGAAUGAAUACCAAACAUUCAUUCUUAUAGAUGUUCAAGUUCUUAAUAUUAAGACUUUGGUGGAUAACAUAAAUAUAAUAUUUAAAUAGUAAGGAAAUAUUUGCUUAACGAAUUCUAGAUUCGAUAGCCUUAAUUUGCAAUAUUUAAUGAAAAUAUCAUAUACUAUUGUUUGCAUACUACAGUUUUUCGAAAAAUAAUUGUAAAUAAUAUGCAGUAUAAGGUCUUAUAGGAAGUUAAUAUUGUAGAGCCCUAUUUACAAAGUUAAAAAUUAAGUUACUUUUUGACUGCAUGAAAACAAUUGAGAUCUAAGGGCGUCUGCACUUUCUGCUGCCGUGUCGAUCCAAAACGGUUUCAUGUAAAUACAUACAAACCAAUAGGCAGUUGGCAUUCAAAAUACGUAGUGAAAAUGUUUCAAAAUUAUCGAAAAACAUAUGUUUAUUUUCUCGCACAAAUAUCUUUUAGUUUUUAAAUACAGCUUCGUAUAUAUCAUAGUUUAAAAAUACUUUAAAAAGGGUAACUAAUAUAUGUAAUUUCUAAAUUUAUGUCUAUUUAAAGAAUUUAGAUAUAAUAUAUAGCAAAUAUUUAAAAUAUAUAAACGUAGAUUUUAGCUAAGUAAGUUAGGUUGGAAUUUCAAGUAAAUUUACAUGUGAAAUCUUGUGGUUUCACUCUCGAAUUGAAAUAAUUAAAAAACGCGAAUACUUAGGUACUAUAUAAAAUGGUGUCAAAAGUCAGCAAUAAAUAUUGCAAGCAUUACAUGGAGAACAAAAUGACUAGCGGAGAUGUCAUAACGCAAAAUCUCCUAAGAAAGUAACGACAACAUGCGGGGCGAGGGGGACGAGGAACGUUACUAGCUCCGCCCUUACACGUACUCAUGAUUUUCUAAAUAAAAUCACCAAUCAAUCAAGACUCUUUGACAGAUUGCUCCAAGGAACCCGAACGUCUCGUUAGGUCUAGUAACUGAUCACGCCUACUGUACGUUGCUUGACCUACAAGAAGGCGCGUGACCUACCUUCCUUAUGGCAUCUCCGCUAUCUUUCCUUAAUAUAAAAAAAAUAGCAGUUUAUAAUUUCUAUAAGAUUGGAGUUUGACAUUAGCUACAUAUAAAUUAUGUUAAAUGUCAAUCUCUUAUCGAAAAACCAUUCAUAGAUGGGUUAUAGAAAUUCACAGUUAGAUAGAAACAGUGUACAGUUUUUAGACUUAUAAAAACUGAUUUCUGUUUUUUUUUCCUAAAUUAUAUAAAUAUUUUUUUUGUUCAAUUUUUGAUGAUUGUAUAAAGUGAGCAGUGUUGCCAUCAUGUGAUUUUGCUUUAUGAAUUAAAAAAAAAGAAUUAUGUUAAAUAUUUUGGUUUAAAUAAAUUUAUAUUAUAUAGUUUUAAAGAAAUACACAAAUGAAAACCGCCAGUGAAAGUAGUAUAAUUGUGUAACUAUUAAAAACGUCUGUGUAUUUAAGUUUAUAAAUCUAUAUAUAGUGUGUAUUUCAAUUAAAAUUGGUAAAAAAGACUGUUUAAAAAUAUAUGUAUUAUCCCGACUUCACUCUUGUGAGAUGCUUCCGAAACUACGUAAGUAACUUGUAAAAGGUCCGGUUGUUCGUACGUUACGGUAAAGUUAAAGUUAAAAUUUGACCGAUGUCAGUUUUGACCACGGUUAAUUUGACCUUUUUAUAAUGAAAUUUUAACGUUCGUUAAACUAACUGGUACUUCAACAACGCUUUUUGAAUUUAAACCCUGUUAAUUUUACUGUAACUAGAAUUUAACCCUAACCUUGACGUAACUGAGCUUUGAACAACCGGGCCUAGGCGACUUACGGAGUUUUACAGAGCUAAGCUGCAAGCGUGAGGCCGGCUUUAAGAAAACUGAAAUGUCGGUUUUCGUGGAAAAGAGGUAUGUGGCUCUGGGUAAUUAUUUGGCAGAUAUCCGAAUAUAUAGAUAUGGCUAGAAUUCUAGAACUGUGUCAUGUUUGACAAAAAAAAUGGUAAAAAUGAUCGUCGAAAGUUCUAGAAUAAAGCCCAAAGAGUAAUCUUAGUAUUGCCAUGUUAUUUAUUGAUUUAUCUUUAGUUAUAGGUUUUUUUUCUCUGAUUUUCUCGGAUCUCGUUUAAGUAAAUUAUUAGGUUAAGGUAUUGAAACUUUUACCCGACUUUACAGUUGUAAGUUGUUGCCGUGAAAAUUACGUAAGUAAUUUCCUUGAGAAGUUCUAAAAAAGUACUGUAAGCGACAUAGGUACUACUUGCUUUCUACUUACUGUAAUCAUCGGCACGAAUCUUGAGCGCUGACCUUCACCUGCGUCGAAGUAAUUCAUGGGUCCUUUUUGUGGUAUGAAGUGAGGCGCGGGGGCGGGCUAAAGCGGUGAUUGUCCCGCAGCGCAUCGCGUCAUAGCCGUCACUCGGGAUUGGUUCUUUGCUAAUAAAUCACUUCUGCGCAGGUGAAGGUCAGCGCUCAAGAUUCUUGCCGAUGAUUCUACUUACGUGAGCGACUUAUAAGUGUAGAGGCGGUAUUUAGAUAUGUAAUUUAAUGUGAUUGUAUGAGGCGCUACAGUUUAUAUUGGAGUGUGAAACACGGCAAAAUUUAUCGUAAGUUCAAUAAUAGACUUAAAAUUAAUAAAACAAUUUGAUUUGAACGCCAUCUGACGACCAUUGUCAUAUGUAUUUUUUGUUUGUCUUAUGAGGUUAUUAUUGAGCGUGCGAUAGGAAUAAAUGAUAGGAUGUAACAUCUCUUGGUAGAAAAAUAUCAAAGGUUUUAGUCCAAGUGUGAAAAACGACAAAAAUAUGUAUUUUGAUAUUUUAAUUUGAACUUCACUUUGUCUUACUGGUAGAAUUUUUAUUUUUGCAAAAUAAAGUUUUUCACACAUGUACCAUGCUAAAAAAUGUAUGUGUUUCGAAAUGCACGAUAACUGUAGGUCCCGGCUGUCAUUUGAACAUCUUUGGCAGUCGUUACGGGUAGUCAAAAGACAAAAAGAUUAAUUUUUGUCACAUUUGGACUAAAAUAUUUGAAUAGCUGAUAAUAUCAGGUGGGAUUUUGUAGCUAAGAAGAAAGUUUGUAAAUAUGUUCUUUCGUAAGUCAUAGAGGCGAUGUCUCUUGUAUUAAAAUAUAAAAAUAGUUAUGUAUAAUCUAUAUAAAGCAUGUGUGAAACGCUGCAAUCGACUGUAGCAAGUAAUUUGUAAGGAAACCACAAAAUGGUCUUGGGUAACUCUGUUUACAAGGAAUUUAUCAAAUACAUAUCAUAUGGGGUGACUGCUAACUAGUGAUAGACACUUGAACAUGUGAUGUUUGAUGUUGGCUGUCAUAAAACAUCUUUGACAGUCGUUACGGGUAGUCACAAGCCAGUAAGUCUGACACCAGUCUUAUCAACGGGUUUGACCAGGUAACUGGGUUGAGGAGGUCAGAUAGCCAGUCGCUUCUUGUAAAGUACUGGUACUCAGCUGCAACCGGUUAGACUAGAAGCCGACCCUAACAUAGUUGGGAAAAAGGCUGGGCAGAUGAUGAUUAAUUAAUCACAGCUGUCUGAAAAUUCCGGCAAAGUUCAAAGUUUUAAUCAGCCUUAAAAUAAAGGGGUAUAUAAAAAAGGUGUGUGGUUCGAGAUCGGUCACUAAUUACCAGUCAUCCUAUAUGUAUGGGAAACAUUGUCUCAUUGCAAAAUGCUUUUACAUAAUAUUAUGUAGCUCUGAAUAAUUGUCUUAUUCCAUUUGUCAAUAUCAUUAUAUACCACUUGAGUAGGCACUUCACUAUAGGUAAACAAACUUGAUACAUCUUUUUAUUAAAAAAUUCGGCUUCAAUAUAAAAUUUGGGUAAAAAGUAAUGUAAAUACAAUUGUAAAAAUAACUUUUACAAUUGAAUCGUUAUUUUAAGCAUAAGUUUAUUUGUUUAAAUUUGUAUUUGUAUUGUAUCAAAAUUGUUUACCUUUAGUGCCUUCUCAAAGUAUAUAUGUUUACUUUGUACAAUUCUGAUAUGAUAUUUAUCUAGAUGAUAAUUGUAUCUCACUAGAAACUGGUAAAUUAAGCCUAGAUUAUUUGGUUUUGUGUCAAUAUAAAAAUUUUGUAACAUCAA